UCCCCGCCGUCACGUGUGUUUUGGAAUGUUUCAGCCGUUGGAAGAGAGCAGGCGUGUCGCAGUUUUAAAUGAGAUUUAGAAGCAAAACUAGUUUAACGCAGAGACUCGUUUAUAUAUGUUAGCUUAGCGUAACACUCGUCAGCUUUGGAUAACGAUACUCGUCUUUCUGUGGCUAACUGUAGCUGAAACUGUUGCGGACAGAGCGGCGUCGCAUGAGGAUAGCACCGGGUUUGUUUUGAGUCGGGAUCAUCUCGGCCUAUUAGUGGCGUUAGAAAAUGGUGUUUUUCACCUGUAACGCCUGCGGUGAGUCCCUGAAGAAAGCUCAGGUUGAUAAGCAUGUGAACAUGUGCCGGGGCUGCCAGGUCCUGUCCUGCAUCGACUGUGGAAAAGAUUUCUGGGGCGAUGACUACAAGAACCACCUUAAAUGCAUCAGUGAAGAUCAGAAGUAUGGAGGCAAAGGCUUCGAGGCGAAGGCAAACAAGGGAGAUGUGAAGCAGCAGCAAUGGAUUCAGAAAGUCAACGAGGCCAUGGACAAACCCGAUAUCAGUGCGAAGCUAAAGGACGUGCUCAAACAAGUCAGCGUGUACGACAAUGUCCCAAGAAAGAAGGCCAAGUUUCAGAACUGGAUGAGGAACAGUCUUAAAAUAUCCAACACCAACCUUCACGAUGAAGUGUGGAACAUCCUUUCUGCAGCCGACAGUGCUCCAGAGGUCCCCCGGCAGACUAAAAAAGAGGAACAGGCAGCGCCUGAAGUCCAGAUGCAAACUAAUGGGAAUGAAGAAAAAAAUGGAGAGCCAGGUGUUGAGAAGAAGAAGCUGAACAAAAAGGAGCGUAAAGAGGCCCGUCAGCAGAAGAACAGGAAAGCUCAGAAAAACACUGAAAAAACAGACACACAAGAUGGAGAGGGAGACCAGACAGGCAAAAAUAAGAAAAAGGACAAAAAGAGAAAGCGCAGCAAUGAAGAAGAUGAAGAGCAGAACGGGCACAACGCUGAAAACGAGACGUCCAACAAGAAAAUGAAGAUUGUUGAAACAGCAGAGUCUGCUGAGGCACAAAUGUCAGAGGACACUGAGGACCAAAAAGCCCCCAAAGGCAAAUUCAACUGGAAAGGGAAUAUCAAGGCUGUGCUGAAAGACUCCGUUGACCAGGAACUUCCAGUGAAGAAACUCAGGAAGAAGAUUGUGGCUGCCUACUAUUCGUUCACUGCUGAUGGAAAUUUUAAAACUGAAGAGGAGGUUCUGGCACUAUUCAACAAGAAGAUCACUAAAAAUCCCACGUUUAAAGUUUUGAAAGACCGAGUUAAACUUGUAAAGUAAACUUGUGUAUCUCACACCUCUGGCAAGAUGUUGUUCAUAGACUUUUAAAAUUUAAAGGAGUUCCUUGUCUGUUAUCCUCCUGGGGAUGUUUUUAUACAGAUGGCAUAAUCUUGAAGAUUAAACCAUUUUAUAAGUGAUAAA